UAAGAGCUCAUCUGUAGCUUUGUGGCUAGGUUGGCAGUAGGUUGUUUUCUUGGUAGCCACCCGGGGUUCCCACUCGUCGCCGCUGAACUCCGCCACUGCAAAAUCGCUCAUCACAGGGGCACAACAGACGGACUAUAGGUUACAGAUGGACCAGCAGGACCAGUCCUAUAUGUUUGCCAGUCUGAAACGGCCUCACUCAGAGCAGCUGCUGCAAGGCCUCCAGCUCUUGCGGCAGGAUCACGAACUAUGUGACAUUGUUCUGCGCGUGGGUGAUGCCAAGAUCCAUGCCCACAAAGUAGUGCUGGCCAGCAUCAGCCCUUACUUCAAGGCCAUGUUCACGGGUAACCUGUCGGAAAAGGAGACCUCUGAGGUGGAAUUCCAGUGCAUCGAUGAGACAGCCUUGCAGGCCAUCGUUGAGUAUGCCUACACUGGCACGGUGUUUAUCUCCCAGGAAACAGUGGAAUCUCUGCUACCGGCUGCUGACUUACUCCAGGUUAAACUAGUACUUAAGGAGUGCUGCUCCUUUUUAGAGAGCCAGCUGGAUGCUGGGAACUGUAUAGGCAUCUCCCGCUUUGCAGAGACUUACGGCUGUCAUGAUCUGUGCCUGGCUGCAACUAAGUUCAUCUGUGAGAACUUUGAGGAGGUUUGUCAGACGGAGGAGUUUUUUGAACUGACGAGGGCCGAGCUGGAUGAAAUUGUGUCCAACGACUGCCUUAAGGUGGUCACAGAGGAGACUGUAUUUUACGCCCUGGAGUCGUGGAUCAAAUACGAUGUAACUGAGAGACAGCAGCAUCUGGCUCAGCUGCUGCACUGUGUUCGCCUUCCACUCCUCAGCGUCAAAUUUCUCACUCGCCUAUAUGAAGCCAACCACCUUAUACGAGAUGACCACGCGUGUAAGCAUCUGCUCAACGAGGCCCUCAAAUAUCAUUUUAUGCCUGAACACCGGCUCUCCUAUCAGACUGUGUUGUCGGCACGGCCCAGGUGUGCCCCAAAGGUGCUGCUUGCAGUAGGAGGCAAGGCUGGACUGUUUGCAACAUUAGAAAGCAUAGAAAUGUAUUUCCCUCGGACAGAUUCGUGGAUAGGACUCGCACCUCUCAGCGUACCCCGAUAUGAAUUUGGAGUGGCAGUGCUCGACCACAAGGUCUAUGUGGUAGGAGGCAUCGCCACACACAUGAGACAGGGCAUCAGCUAUCGGAGGCACGAGAGCACAGUGGAGAGCUGGGACCCUGAAACCAACACCUGGUCUUCGGUGGAGCGCAUGGCCGAGUGCCGCAGCACGCUUGGGGUGGUGGUCCUGGCUGGCGAGCUGUAUGCCCUCGGAGGCUACGAUGGCCAGUAUUACCUCCAGUCGGUGGAGAAAUACGUCCCCAAGUUGAAGGAGUGGCAGCCGGUGGCACCCAUGACCAAGUCCCGCAGCUGCUUUGCCACCGCUGUGCUGGAUGGCAUGGUGUAUGCUAUCGGAGGCUAUGGCCCGGCCCAUAUGAACAGCGUGGAGCGGUACGACCCCAGCAAGGAUGCCUGGGAAAUGGUAGCCCCCAUGGCAGACAAGAGGAUCAACUUCGGAGUUGGCGUCAUGCUUGGCUUCAUAUUUGUGGUGGGCGGGCACAACGGAGUGUCGCAUCUGUCUAGCAUUGAGAGGUAUGAUCCACAUCAGAACCAGUGGACAGCCUGUCGGCCAAUGAAUGAACCACGCACUGGUGUCGGCUCUGCUAUUGUGGACAACUACCUCUAUGUGGUGGGAGGUCACUCCGGGUCAUCCUACCUGAACACUGUCCAGCGCUAUGACCCCAUCUCAGACAGCUGGUUGGACUCGAGCGGCAUGAUGUAUUGCCGUUGCAACUUUGGUCUGACAGCCCUUUGACCCAUGGCCCAGCCGGCUAGGACCCAAUAAGAGAACUUAGACACAAAGACGUUUCUUUUUUGUUGUCUCCUCCUCCUCCUUCCCCACAUUCAUCCUCCAGGUGCAGAGGAGAGCGCUGCACACCGACGUAAACACCAGAGGAGCGAGAGCCUGCUGGGUGGAUGGAUGUGCCGGGGUAGCUGGCUGGCUAGAGGGGGGACCGCAGACGUGGCUGCAGAGAUGAGAAAGAGCUGCGAAGUUGUACGGGAACAGAGAGGAAGAUGAUCGGACGGCUGCUGUCACGGGCCCGAGGAGACGACCGCUCUACUGCUGCUGGACCACAAUGAGGACUCUGAGCCAUUUCCCAGAGGACUGUGGGAGAAAACUUGUCACUUUUUGUUUCGAAAUUCUGUUAUGUUAGCAGACAUUUUUUUUGUUUUCGUUCAUGCCAUUAAUUGUUUUCCACACUCAAAUCUUUUUUUUUAAAUUAAUUUCCCUGCUGCAACUGGAACCGUGUGUUCAGAUUUUGUAGAACACCGCAGUUUGCUGGUGUAUUUGUAUGAAUAUGUGGUUGUUGGCCAUGUGGUGUGUAUGUCCGUGUGUAUGCUCGAGGGGUACAUGCAUGUCAGGUAGGAUUGUUUGUUUUGUUACGUGUCCGGGUGCAGAGCCGAUGCUCGGGCUCAGCGACGCAGGAGUUCUGCAUCAAAAUCAGUGCUUCACAAAAAAGAGAAAAGUUGGAAUCUUUCUAUUUUCAAAAAGGGCUGCCUUUUUCUCUCCUGUAAAUAGUCUAAAUAAAAUAUAUAGAUAUGAAUAUAUCCUCUAGUGCAUUUGCCUGUAAAUGUUUUUCUGCACUGGGUCACUAGUGUGCGUGCGGAUGUGUGCGUAGUUUGAUUCCAAGGGUCGGUGUAGAGGUGAGUGACAGACUCUCCUGAGAGCAUUUGUCGCCACUUUCUGCUUCAUCCUCGGAGCCAUUUAAAAAACAACAACCAUGUUUUAGCUUCUGUUACAUCUUCCUAAGGUCAGGUCAUGCACUUGCUAGUCUUCACAAUAGUUGAAAUCGACCUUGGCCCUCUCUUCACCCUUUGGUCUGUACACAAUACCAACUGGUGCUAUAUUUAGGAUUCAGGAUUCAGCUGUUUGUCUGUGUUGCCUCACACAAUUAGGUCAACCUCUGUUCAGCCUCUGCUGCAUUACUGCGUAAGAUGUUACUUAUUUGAUUUAUGCGCAUUUAAAUGCAUUAAGUUGAAUGGCCCCCAACCAUGCAAUAAAACAAAGUCCUACUCAAAGGGAAGAAUGUGGUUGAAAAACCGCUAACUUCUGUCCUCAAAUCUAAAAAGCCUAAAAAAAUUUGCUCGAUGAUGAGUUUGAUUUAAUUUAAAAUAUCCUCACAUGAGCCCUGUUGCUGGAUAUGAGCAUGCUUUGUAACUGUCUCAAUGCCCGUUCCCGGUACAGUGUCACUCUCCUGGAUAUGAACAAGACUUUUCGCCUGUGAUUGGGUCUGACACCUGUUCUUUUCACUCGCUACCAAACGUGUGAUCCUCAUGUGGCCACGGUCUUGCUUGCAAGAUCAGGUUUGAGGUAAUCCAUUCACAGCUUCAUGUGAAGUGCCAAAACAUGACCCUUUUUUUUCCCCUAACAUCUUUCCCGCCUCCAGUGCUAGAAACAGCUUCCUUCUUGUGCCACAAUCGAAACAUUUCCCUCCUGUCGUUAUUGCUAACGUAUUAGCAUGACAUUCUUCCAUGCUGUCAUACGGAGAUGGAUAAUAAAGCACCAAGGGCUGUGCCAGCCAACUCAGGCCAUGUUCCCACUGUUACCAGUCCCGUGUCCUGGGUGUUCGUGACUCCAGGCUGGCUGAGGGUGUCACCCUGUGCAGCCUUGGGCUAGGCCGACGGACAGGUCAAGCAAUGCACAGCAAUAGAGGGGGCACUAGAUGGGGAAAGGCUAGGUGUAGUUUGUCGAGUCACUUAACGUUCAAGUCUAGUUUGAGUUGCUUCGUGCACUGACGUUUGCACACAAGUGGAAACUUUAACCAAGCUCUGCAUUGCACUUACCAAACUCUUUGAUACAUAUUGUAAUUUGUACAUAUGUUUUAAUUUAGGAUAACGGCAUUUAGAUAAUGCAAUAAGACUUCUGUUCUCUCUCUCUCUCUCUGGAUGAAUAUGUUUUGUGUUUGUCUCUUUAAAAAGCCAAGGCAUCUCAUAUUGCUGUAACAGAACCCCACACGGCAUGUCUGUUGAUUCACAUUGUUGGCUGGUAAUGUGUGGACGUCUAAUGAAACAUCAACUGGUACCACUGACUUUGCCUCAUCCUGCCAGACAUUUUGUGUUGUCAUUUUGUUGUGCAUGCUGGUUCAUUUGUAAAAGGCAUGUGUUGAUGGAGGCAGAUUCAGGCGGAUUGCUCACGGUUAAGUCAUGGCCAAAUUUGGGGUGUGCACCUGUUUAAAAAUUCUGCAGUUUUCACCACAUGUAGUUCUUGUAAACAUUGAAAGGACAUGUGCUCUUCCACUUGUAGUUUAACCCGAUGUGUUUGUUAAAUGAUUAGGGAACUCUUAAUUGCCUUGCAAAUUGGUCACUGGUGAGACAUGUAGUUUGUUGCAGAUUGUUUGCAUCCCCAUGUAAAGUCAUUUCCUUUUGAUUUCAGAUGUAUCUGUGCAAAUAUUUUAUUUUAGAAAUAUGUGAAUGACUUUUUUUGUAUUCAUAAUUUGUAUUGUUUGUUGUUUUAUAACCUGAUUUUGUUUGCUAAUCCUGUCUGUUGUGCUAGAUUAUUUUGUCAGUCACUUAACAGCCACAGCACAAAUCACGCAGGCGUAAUUAUGUGCUGCAGCCAUUGUUCAUCUAGCAUCGAUACGUGUAUGUUCAGUGUCAUGAUUUCUGAGGUGUAUAUUAACUACUUUCAUGGAUUUCGGAGAGACGCUGAUGAAAAUCUGCAAACGUGAAUCUGCAAAAACAAGGGAUGCUGAGAAUUUUGAGUUUGUACGCAUUUUCAUUAUGGCCUAACCAAUGUCAUGUUUUUGCCACCACUCUCACCAAAGUGCUUGUUCAAAGAGAGCAGAUGGAUGACUAACACCUGGUCUGCAAAAAUGGACUGCCACUCUAAUGUUUGUGUCUGAAAGAAGAAGAAAAAAAAUCCUUUGAAACUGAUGUCAAUGUUAGCCAAAAUGACCACUCUGCUUCUUUUACAUUUCCCAUUGUGUGUCUGGAGAUAAGGUGACGAUCUUGAAUUUUAUAUCCUGUGGAUUAAUACUGGAAGUACAAGAUAACCUUAGGUGUAGAAACAGUAGCUUUUCACAUUUUAUCAUGUUUUGAUUGAAGACAUUUUACAUACAUUUUAGUCAGUUUGUGUGGUGCAGUUGUACCCAGUUUAAAAUAAAUGCCUGCCUUAAAAGGUAA